AUGAGGUUGGUGUGGUUGUGGGUAAUGUUGUUGAUUUUGGCUAGUGAGUGCUAUGGGUGUUUGGAGCAUGAGAGGGUUGCUCUUCUGCAACUAAAAGCUUAUUCCAUCAAACACAGCAAUGUCCUCCCAAUGUGGGUGGAGGCUUGGGAGGGUGAAACGACGACUGACUGCUGUAAGUGGGAAAGAGUCAAGUGCAACGCUACAACAGGACGAGUGAUCCAACUCUCACUCAAUUCUGCAGAGAAUUAUCAUUAUUCGUACUCAAGAGAUUGGUAUCUGAAUGCCUCCAUGUUUCUUCCAUUUGAAGAACUUGAAAGUCUCGACUUAUCAUGCAAUGGAUUAGCGGGUUGGCUUGAGAAUGAAGGUUUUGAGAGGUUGGGUGAAUUAACAUCUCUAACGUCUCUAAAUCUGUCUUAUAAUAAUUUGGAGGGAACUAUACAUAUUAAUGAUCUUAAAGGUUUGAAUAACGUGGAGCAGCUUGAUAUUAGCUAUAAUCAGUUGGAUGGUUUCAUAACUCACUCAGGUUUUGAAAGACUAUCUGUAUUAGGCAAGUUGGAGCUACUUAGAUUGGAUGGGAAUUCAUUCAAUAAUAGUAUCCUACCAUAUCUUGGUGUGCUCUCAUCACUCAAGACUUUAUCCUUAGCUGCAAACCCUUUGAAUGAAUCAAUUGAUAUAGGAGAAUUCUGCAAUAUGAACUUAAAGGAGCUGGAUUUGAGUGACAAUUUUAUAGAAGAUAUAAAAGAUGGUGGUGACUUGAAAAGGAAAUUGAUUUUUGCAGGUUUUGAACGACUAUCUGUGUUAGGCCAGCUGGAGCUACUUAGAUUGGAUUGGAAUUCAUUCAAUAAUAGCAUCCUACCAUCUCUUGGUGUGCUCUCAUCACUCAAAACUCUAUCCCUACAUGGAAACCUUUUGAAUGGAUCAAUUGAUAUAGGAGAAUUCUGCAAUAUGAACAACUUAAAGGUGCUGGAUUUGAGUGAAAAUUCAAUAGAAGAUAUAAAAGAUGGUGGUGACUUGAAAAGGAAAUUGAUUUUUGCAGGUUUUGAACGACUAUCGGUGUUAGGCAAGCUGGAGCUACUUAGAUUGGAUUGGAAUUCAGUCAAUAAUAGCAUCCUACCAUCUCUUGGUGUGCUCUCAUCACUCAAGACUUUAUCCUUAUCUGAAAACCGUUUGAAUGGAUCAAUUGAUAUAGGAGAGAACCCCACCUGUGAGGAAAAUUUAUUUCGCAGGAGAUUUCAAAUGCGUAGAAGUUUAUAUUUACAGAUUGUUGAUGCCGUGAAAGCUUGCGACAAUUUCUUUGUGCAGAAGAAGGCUGGUCUUGGUAGACUUGGAUUGUCUACUUUACAAAAAGUAACAAGUGCAUUUCGAAUGUUGGCAUAUGGAAUGGCGGCUGAUUCUACGGAUGAAUAUAUACGAAUUGGUGAGUCUACUACCAUUCUAUGUAUUAAAAAGUUUUGUCGGGCAAUUGUUGACAUAUUUGGAAAAAAAUACCUUAGAUCACCUAAUUCCAAUGACAUUGCAAGCUUGUUCAAAAAAGGUGAAAAACGGGGCUUGCCAGGGAUGCUUGGGAGCCUUGAUUGUAUACAUUGUUCUUGGAAAAAUUGCCCAACAGCUUGGGCAGGACAAUACUCUGGACGUGGUGGAUCUCCAACUAUUAUUCUUGAGGCAGUGGCAUCUCAUGACCUAUGGAUUUGGCGUGCAUAG